AUGGCCAAUUUGCUAAAAGAAGUAUAUGAAAAGACAAGUGAACAUACUGCUUUUUAUACUGGUGGUGAUAUUCACUGGACUUCGGAUGGAGGGCACUUCCUUUGUCAAUGUGAAGAUGUUAUAAAAGUCAUUGACACAAACACUUUAUGCAAUGUUUUAACCAUAGUUGUCAAGUAUCACCCGGAUGUUUCAAAGCAAAUAAUUUUUGGAGCUGCAGAUGAUACAAAAAUAAGAUCAUGGGAUUGUAAAUCUGGCCAAAAAACGCAGAACACUGCGCUAGAGUGUCCAUCUCUCGACAAAGGCGACAGCUACACGCAGUCGGAGUUCCUGUCGCGGUUGGCUCACGAGUGCCGCUACGACCGACUACUCCUACCUACUUACCAGACCGGUGACGUGGUGUACGUCCACGCCAGUGCCUACGUCUACUUCAUACAGCCUGCCGAAGCACACGAUUUGAACUUCAAAUUGCACUUCCUUCUGCAACUGCGCUGGACUGAUGCACGCUUGGCGUACGCCCUGUAUUCGCCUGAACGGACGAAGAUAAUCGGCGAGAGCGACCUGCGCCAACGAAUAUGGGUGCCCCACCUGUACAUGUCCAACGAGCAGUCCUCAAGCUUGAUGGGCACAGACAGCAAAGACGUCCUGAUCUCCAUCGCCCCCGACGGGGAGGUGUUGUUCAGUCGGCGAAUGCAAGCCGUGCUGUAUUGUUGGAUGAACCUUCAAAAGUUCCCAUUUGACGAUCAGACUUGCUCGAUGAACUUAGAGAGCUGGAAGUAUAACGCAUCGAUAUUGCGCUUGAUGUGGGAGAAAGAUAAUCCGGUUCGACUGUCGUCGGAACUGCACUUGACGGAAUACUCUUUAUUGGACUACUGGACCAACGAGUCAGUCGUCCGGGGCGACAUUGUGAACAUGCGUUUGGGAGGAGGUAGAUCCGGGAAUUACAGCGCCCUUAAAUUCACCUUCAAAUUGGGCCGUGAGGUCGGCUAUUACCUGAUGGAUUACUUCAUACCCUCGAUGAUGAUCGUCGCUAUGUCAUGGGUCACCUUUUGGUUGCAGGCCGAUGCUUCAGCGCCUAGAAUUACUUUGGGAACCAGUACAAUGUUAUCGUUUAUUACACUCGCUUCAUCUCAAGCGAAGACACUUCCAAAGGUCUCAUACAUAAAAGCCAGUGAGGUCUGGUUCCUUGGUUGCACUGGAUUUAUCUUCUCGGCGCUUGUAGAGUUUGCCUUUGUGAAUACUAUUUGGCGAAGAAAGAAAGUCGUAAGUCUUAAGAAGGUUAACAGCAAAUAUAUAUUGAAGAGCACAUUAACGCCACGACUUGCGAGGAAAGAGUUGCAGAAAGAAUUGCAGGAAUCAUCGCCCCAUCUCACCAAGUCCCGUUCAUGCUCUUCACUGCAGCAGGAGACUAGCAGCGAUCCAGCUGGCCCUGGCUACAAUAACUAUCUCACUGUACAUAGCUUCCCAUCCGCGUUGAACCUGCCUACCAUCACCACACAGAGCUAUGAUGAACUGAUAGCGGGGCAGGGUGGUCAGCGGUCAGCAGGCAGCGAGGGGUCCGAUGAACCGCCUAAGCACCACACUUGGACCACAAUGACGCCGCAGGAAAUCGCCACAUGGAUCGACAAACGCUCCCGCGUGCUUUUCCCAUGUCUCUUCAUUUUCUUCAACAUCAUCUACUGGACCUUCGUCUACUGCCUG